UCACCUUUUUAAGUUCAUUUUCAUUGGCCGAUGGGGAGACUCCGAGAAUGUCGUACAGCUUAGUAUCCGCGACUUUCGACAUGUUGCAAACCGGCUGCCUACUGCGGACGUUUUGCUAGGUGAGAGGGAAACACAAGCUUCCACCGGCUGGGUCGUCCAGGGUUGCCAGAUUCACACACAAAGUCCCUCCCCACUUUUGACGUAGACAUCCGCAAACCAGAGCAGUCGCAUUUUCAGGGGGAUCUUCACGAACUUCAUACUGGCCAUAAUUAGGUUUUGUUAUUAACCUUACGUUUAAUGACGUGUUCUUUAUGACAUUUUAAUGACCAAUUCCUGAAAUGUAGAGAAGAAUCAUAUUUGUAGGAGGACCUCAAGACUCUUGAGUUAGUAUCAGAGGAGAGCAACACAAGAGUGACGAGUUUGGCUUCGAAAAUGAAUAUAGUUAUAGUCUACAGAAUGUUUAAGGUUGUUCAUAUAAUGCCUGUAAUGCUCAUUAAUAAUGUCUAACUUUCUUCCCUACACCAAAAGAAACGCUUCCCAUCAUCACGUGUUCGAUUAUAAUAGUCAAAAUAAAAUUAAACCCAAUCAGUAAAAGCGGGUGCUAUGGUUUUCAAUAAGAAAAUAUUCAAGUGUACUUUGUAUAACUGUAGGCAUUGAGUUAGUGGUCGAAUCGUAAGUGUUGAACAUUUUGUACAUAUCCCUAAACGUUUCAGAGUGAGAAUAGAAUGACACUCCCUAAGCCAUCCUACAGUAUCUAUAGAAACCGAAGCAAAUUCAUUGAAAGAGAUAAAUAUUUAGGGUCAACCAGUGUAGUGUACUUAGUGUGUCUUUCAUUUUAAUUUGCAUGUACAUUAAUGUGUGAUUGUCUUGACGGCGUGUUUAGAGUGACAACAGAUAAUAAAUGCCAUAGAGCUGAUGUUUAUACGGCUUGACGGACAGUCGAACUUAUGGACUGCGUUAUCAUCUUAUCCGCCAUUUUGAUCGUCAAAUAUGUCCGAUUCUCGUAGCUCGCCUGCUUAAGUGUAUUCAUUGGGUCAGUGUCGGUGUAACAGUGCGGUUUAUCAGAUCAUUGUGCUGCUGCAAGGCAAACUGCGGGGAGUCGAUGACAUUGCUAGCUGCAAAAGCUGGCUAGCUCGAAGCUAACAGCGCAGUCAGGAAUAGAAUAGACCGCUAUGGGCCUCCGGAUGAGUCGCUGACAGAACCCACGUCGCCCAGUUGCCGUCCAGCUAGAUGCAGAACGAGGAACAUGACGUCUGAAAGCUAAGUGCAUAUGCCUCUGACAUCAGCCAUGUUUUGGAAGUUUGACCUACACACAGCUUCUCAUCUGGAGGCUUUACUUGACAAGGAGGAUGUCACGCUUACCGAGCUUAUGGAUGAGGACGAUGUGCUGCAGGAGUGCAAGGCACAGAACAGGAGACUUCUCCUAUUCCUGUGCCAGGACCAGUGCAUGCAGGAGCUGGUCCGGAAGAUUACUACCGAGCCCCCUGCUGGUAUAGAGGAGACAAAGCGCUUUAAGUAUUCAAAUAUAGCAUGCGAGCUAUUGACGAGUGACGUGGGCGUGAUCAACGACAAGCUGGGUAAUGAGGAGCCUCUUCUGGAAACCCUGUACGCCUUCCUGGAGCAGCCCUCACCUCUUAACCCCCUAUUGGCGUCCUUCUUUAGUAAGACAAUUGGGAACCUCAUUGCACGGAAGACUGAGCAGGUGAUUAGUUUCCUGCGGGGGAAGGAGGGAUUCCUCUCCUUAGUUCUGAAGCACAUUGAUACAUCGGCUAUGAUGGAUGUCCUUUUACGGCUUAUCAGCUGCGUGGAACCGCCCCCUCUUCGACUGGAGACUCUCGCUUGGUUGAAUGAAGAGAAGUUAGCCCAGAGACUCAUAGAGAUCAUUCACCCAGAGAGGGAUGAAGAGAGGCAGUCCAAUGCAUCUCAGACAUUAUGCGACAUAAUUCGUUUAAGCAGAGACCAGGCCAAUCAGCUUCAAGAUAUGUCCCAGCCUGACCCCUUGCUAACUGUGCUGGAAUCGCAGGAGUGUGUGGAGCAGCUGCUGCGGAACAUGUUCUCGGGAGACAGAACCGAGAGCUGCAUCGUCAAUGGGAUUCAGGUUCUGCUCACAUUAUUGGAAAUCAGGAGGCCUGUUGUGGAUGGUGUAAUGGAUGCCCAGGGUUUUGAGCGAAGUUACACCAUUAACAGCAGCAUUCUGUUGGCCAUUCAGCCACACUUGGUACACUUCCACCAGCUACUCCUGGAACCCCCCAAGCGAAGUCGUAUGCUGACGACUUUGGGUGUGAUAGAGGAACCUUUAGGGAACACACGGCUACAUGUAGCCAGACUAGUGGCCUCUCUGCUAUACACCAGCUCUGCCAGCCAUGCGGUCAUAGCACAGGAACUUUGCAGACUCAAUACAGUGGAUCUGCUUUUGAACUUAUUCUUCAAGUACACAUGGAACAACUUCCUGCACCUGCAAGUGGAGCUUAUUGUUGCAGCCAUCCUGCGGCCCUGUGCGCAUGAAAUGAGACUUCAGCCAGCUGUGGGAUCCCAGGAUAAGGCCAAGUCUCCUCAGGAGGCAUCGCCGGAGCAGGCUUUAACUGAAACUCCAGUCACCCCCGAAAAUGCUGCACAUAAUUUAUUGGUGACUCACUUGUUUCAGCAUUGCUGUCUUGUACAGAGGAUUUUAGUUGCCUGGGAAGAGAAUGAUAAAACACAGUCGGAAGGUGGUAUGAGGAGAGGCUACAUGGGACAUCUAACCAGGAUCGCCAACACUGUGGUCCACAAUCUGGAGAAAGGCCCGGUUCACACCCAGAUUAGUAAUCUUAUCAGCGAGCUGCCAGAUGACUGCAGAGGGCGCUGGGAGGCUUUUGUGGACCAAACGCUAUCGGAGACCAACAGGAGAAACACCUUAGAUCUGGUUGGCAGUGGGAAUCCACGUCCUUCCUCAGAGGACGAUAUGAUGGAGAGCCCCUUCCCAAAAGAACUGUCACUGCAGCAGGCUUUUUCAGACUACCAGAUUCAGCAGAUGACGGCUAACUUUGUGGAUCAGUUUGGCUUUAAUGACGAAGAGUUCACUGAUCAUGAUGACAGCAUUGGGGCAACGUUUGAUCGAAUAGCAGAAAUCAAUAUCAACAUUGAUGUAGGCCAAGAAAGUGCCAAUACAGCUGUGUUUGACGCCUGUGCCAAGGAGAGGAUUCAGCCCUUUGAUGAUGAUGAUGAAGAGGACAUCUGGGAAGAAAAAGAGAUCAACUAUGCAACACAAACCAAGUCGAGGAACAGAUUUGGUGGGUCGCAGGCAGCCCAAGGCCAAGCAGCAGCUAAAACCUCUGAUAGGUCAGCUACUGCUGCCACACAGGCCUCUGACAAAGCAGCAGGCUCUGACUCAGAUGAAGGCGAGGAACUGAAAGAUGACCUUGACCCUUUCUCUAGCCAGACAGAGUCCACAAAGAACUCUGGAGGUUGGAUUGCAGACUUUGGCGAGGUAAACUCAAAGGCUCCUGCAGCAGGCGUUGGUUUUGCAGCGUGGGACAAUCCCCAAUCAGUGGCCACAGAGACAGAGGAGAAGGGCUGGGCCAAGUUCACUGACUUCCAGCCUUUCUGCUGUUCUGAAACAGGCCCCAGAUGUACUUCCCCUGUGGACUCUGACCACAGUGGACCCAACAACACUAAACCAAACCAGAAUCCUUGUGUGUGGACUGUCUGUGGCGCGAGAAAAGCUCCACUGGUGGCAUCAGACAGCUCCUCCUCUAGCAGCUCAGAAACCGACGAGGAAGAAAGCAAGACUGAGUCAACAGCCACUGAGACGGUAACCACGGAGACCAUCAACACAGGCGCUGGCAAGGAGACCAUCCGGCUCACCAUGGAUGCUAAGAAUGAGCGGGCUGUGUUCACCAGCCAAGCAAAUAUGAUGGCAGCUGAAGACAAAGGGAAGGGAAAUGAAGCAGACGCGGGACAUGAUAGGAAACACGGAGACUGUUCGGACCCAGCUACAGCCAUUACCACUCAGGGGUCGGCUGCUGUCACACAGUAAGGAGAAGCUGCCCUCCGUCAAUGGACCGGCCUAACGACGGUACAGGCACGCACACUCGCUCACUGACGGACCAUUCAAACUGCAACCAUGCAUUCUUUGAUUCCUCUUAGCCCUUUCUGCCAUUGUUUUUGUAUGUUUUGAUAGACGUUGAGGUCAAACAGCACCAGACUCACUGAACUGCACGUCAAAAGUGAAAUGAAGUUACACAUUAAUGGUCUGCCCACUGGAAAAACAACACUGUCAAGAGCAAAUUAAGCCAAUUUUUGUACACGAAUCGGAACCUGGUCCUGUAUUAAACACAGCUUCAGAGCAUUUGACUGUUGAUAGCAAAUAAAAAAAAUCGACAAAACUAUAGCAACCAUUUUGACUCAUAAGCAUUUCAAUUUGCAUGCCAUGCAAAUGCUUUAAACACAGACUUGUUUUGAACACACACACACUCAGACACUCAUAUGGCCAACUGACCGUAUCACCACUUCCUCCUUCGACCUCUGACAGAUUCCUCAAGUGUAGAAAUGCGUUUUUGUUUGUGUAUAGAUGGUGUGCAUGGCAGCUCUGUCCAACGUGCAAUCUCAGGUCAAAGGAGUGGAAUGCAGAUGCAAUGAAAGCACCGCUGUGUAACACACAUACACACUACAUUUACACACAUACUGUGUAUACAGUAUACACCCACACACAGGCAUACAUGCUUUAAAAAAAGGGGGGUUGAAAAAAAACGACACAAAGAUGUGCAUGCACCCUUUCCUUGGAGCUGUGUCAAUAUAAUGUUCAAUUUGCACCUGUAUUAGGCUGUGGCUACUCUUGGUAAUAUAAAUGUAUACAGUAUAUAUAUACACAUAUAUAUGAACAUUCUAUCUAUUUUUAGAACAAAUAGAAUGUACGAAAAGUUGUUUUGAAUGAGUGUGUGUCGUGUUGAAAUGAUGCAAUAACAAUGUUUCAGUUAAUAGCCCAGCAUCAGUUCCUGUGUGUGUGUAGUCUUCCAUAUCACUUUGCCAAUCAGUUUUUAGCUCACUUCACCAUCCAUCCAUUUUCUAUACCGCUUAUCCAUAUUACUCCUAAUUGGCCUUUUCUUGAGAUUUUCUCAUCAGCAAGGUACUUACAUAAGUACUUAAUAAGUGAAGAAAGGACUGAUAAAUACAUUAAAAAUGGUUAAAUAAUGCAGUUUAGGUUUAAUGCUGAGCUACAUUGGAAGUGGUGCUUUAUCUUUCCACUCGUCUCCUGUCCUGCGUCUGAGGGCGGGUGGUGACUUCUACAUAUUUGACUUUAUCUCUGGAACUAUUUGCAUUAAUUUGGAGUGAUUCACAAGCACUUUUUGUAGAAAGAAGCACUUACCGGCUUCAUUUGAAUCUCAUGUACAUGUCCCCCUCCCCACAAUCCCAGGCUCUUUUGAAGUUUGGUUAAUUUUCACUACAGUAGGGGUACAAAAUAGAAACUAUACAGCUUCUUAGCCAAUAAACAAAACUAGUGGAUACAAAAUAAAUAAAUAUGAUGCACUAUAUCUUAAGUUAUAUCAUAGGUGCUUUAAGGAAAGUGAGACAAUACAGGUAAAUACAACAGUAAGAGUUUGCACAAUGUGAAUGAUUCUAUUUUUAGUAUAUGGAAGUUUUUUAUUGGUUUAACUGCAGCAUUGUUAGUUGCCAGUUUGUUUGCUAGUUGUUUGUUUACAUCAAGGCUGCCCAAUCUUUUCCCACCGAAGUUUGCUCGUUCUGUAUUAUAUAUAUUUUUUGCAUUGUUUGGCCUGUAAAUAAAAAAGGAACUGCGAUCCCUGCACCACA